ACCAGAAUCAGAACCAGAACCACAGCACAUUAAACAGGAGGCGGAGGUAGAGGAGUUUGUCUUGAAGGAUGAAGACUUUGCUUUCAUGGAGACUUCCACCUGUCAACACGGAGACUUCGAUGAGGCGGUACCGAGCGGCGAUCAGAACCGGUACCAGGAGGAACGCUCCUCUCCUGUCUCAGAGAGCCGCUCUGAUUCUGUCUCUGAUGCCUCUACAACCUGUGACGUUUGUCUAAAAGGCUUUAAGUGUAAGUACAGUUUGUUCCGUCACCAGAGGAUCCACUCCGGCGUGAAGGCGCACACCUGCUCCAUCUGCUUCAAAAGGUUCACCCAGGGUUCCCACCUCAGGGCCCACAUGAGGACCCACACCGGUGAGAGGCCCUUCUCCUGCGAGACGUGUGGGAAAAGCUACACCCAGGCUGGCGGUUUGAACGCACACAUGAGAACCCACACAGGGGAGAGGCCAUACUCCUGCGAAAUAUGCAGUAAAAGUUUUAUCAGUUGUGCUAAUUUGAUCUGUCACAGGGGAACCCACACGGGCGAGCGCGCCUUUUCCUGUGAAACCUGCGGGAAAAGCUUCAUUCAGAAGAGAAGCUUAACCGCCCACAUGAGGAUCCACACCGGCGAGGGCCGAUGUUCCUGUGAGACGUGUGGAAAAAGUUUCUCUGACAGGUGGUUUCUGAACGCCCACAGGAGAAUCCACACAGGUGAGAAGCUGCACUGCUGCAAAACCUGCGGAAAAAGUUUCUCCAAAAACUCCACACUGAAGGUCCACAUGAUAACACACACAGGCGAGAGACCGUACCUGUGUGAAAUGUGUGGGAAGGCUUGCAUCAGCAGGAGUUAUCUGAAGGUUCACAUGAGGACACACACAGGGGAGAGGCCGUUCACCUGCGGCAAAUGUGGGAAGAGUUUCAUUCAGAGUGGAAAUCUAAACGUUCACAUGAGAAUUCACACAGAAGAACGGUAGAACCCGACCGUCAGACCCGAUUCUUUCUCCUGCAGGUUUAGUAGUUAAAGCUGAAGAUGUGUUUUUCACCACCUUCCAAUGUUUGUUCUUAUUCUGGCAACUCAUACAAUUAAUGAUACAUUUUUAUUACUCUAACAGUAAAUGUUUUGACUAAUUAAUUUUUUCUACUAAAAAAGUUAUUUUUUGCAUCUCACCAAAUGUAAGCAAUAAUCAUAUUUUUAAAAACAAGGCAAAGUUAUUAGUAUAGAACAUUUCAGCAACAAGGCGUUACAAAAUGAAAACAUAAAACCAUAAGGAAAUAUGUUUAAUCCAGUCUACAAUAAACCAAAGUUCCAGUUGUUAUUAAUGAAAAGCAACUCUAAACAACAGCAGAACUUUAAUGUAUUGUGGUUCACAGGGAUCCAGUGAAGGACUGGAGAACUGGGUCUAUGCUCCUGGUUUUAGUCAGAACAGCAGCAGCAGCGUUCUGGAUCAGCUGCAGCUGUCUGACUAGGAUUAUUAAUGUGUGUAAAGUUUUGUACAAAUUUCCACCUGCAGCAUCAAAUAAAUAAAAAAACCUUUUAUUUAUGUAUUUAUACGGCCACUGAAUAAAAGAGAAACCUGAAUUUUAGAUAUUCUGAUGUGAAAAUCCCUUAAAUUCAACGUUUUUUUUCCAGAAUGUUAGUUUUCUUUCUGCACAACUCACAUCUCUGUGGUUGAAACUUUGAGAAACUGUCUGCAGUAAAAUCACAAUUCUGGGAAAAAAUAAUAUUUUUUAGUUUCCCUGAUCCUGUUCUGUAGUACAGAAGCCAAAUAGGAAACAGUUUUUCUAGUAGCAUUUUUAGUGAAAAUGCGAUGUAGGAGAUUGGAGCUUUAAAAUCAGUAAUAUUGAUUAGAUUUUUCUUAUUACUUUGGAAUUUUUGUUGGUAAAUUAUUCAAGCUACUUUCAGGAAUAGACGUGAUCAAAGCAGAAUGUAGAAAAACACAGAAACACAAAGAACAGAUUAGAGGAUUCACAAACUUGUAAAUAUUUCAACUUCAAUUUUAAAAACUUUCCAGCCGUUCUGAUUCUAAAAACAUUAAAACAUCUAUUAUCUCUCAUUCAGGACCAAUCAGAGGCUCAUGGUCAUCAUUCUUCUUCUGUGGUAUUUUUACUGUUCUGCCUCACAUUAAGUUUUUCAGACAGGUUUUUAUAAACUUGUAUUUCUGUAAGAUUUCAUCUUUAGCUGCAGUCACAGUGAAUCUUUAUGUUUUGAUCGAACAUCAAUUCAUCUAAACAAGAUGUUUGUUUAGUUUUUGCAGUAUUUCUGUUUGAUUUUCUUCAGUUACGUCUUCAGGCCAGCAGGUCUGGUAGAAACUAAAUUAAUCUUAUCUGGGUUUUACUUUCAUGAUGUGCAGAGUUCAGAUUGUUCAGAUGAUGCAUAAAACAACCAUAGAUCUGGAUGCUAACACACCGUUAGCCGUUUUUAUCCCAGUCAACAUCGACAGAUAAAUCAAACAGGUCUGGAACUCAAUAUUUCAGUUACUGUAAGUUAUAUUUAAUGGUUUAGUUCCUGACUACUGCAGUAUAUUUGUGCAGUCGUCUCAUUCUGCUAUAAUAAAAUGUUUUCUGCUGAAUCUUUGUUAUUUUUGUCUCUGGUUUUCGUCGGAGCUGUGAGUUCAGCUCUGAGCUGUUUCUCUCUCAGAUGAAGAAACAGGUGCUUCCUGAACGAUUGUUUCAGUCGAUGCUUGUAACUGUCAUUGUGUUAUUAAGGUGAGAAGCCACAGCUAACGGUGUGGAGGCUGCAGAGCACAAACCCACACAGCUGCAGGAACCAAGUCUGAUUCAAAUCUGAUGAAUGUUGGAAACAUUUUCUCCCAUUAAAUUUUCAUUCAUAA